CAUAGCGGUGCGAGGAAAAAGGAGAGGAGGGGGAGAAGAAAGAGGAAUUAAAAAAGAAAAGGAAGAAAGAGACAGGGAGGGCGGAGGGAGAGCGGGCGAUAAAAAAAGAAAGAUGACAUCCUCCGGGCUGAGCGGCCGAGGUGGAGCGAUGGGCUGCGGCCCGGCGACAGCGCCUCUCGCCCGGGCCACGGCUUGAACCCGACGCCGAGGCUUCGACUAACACCCGAGUGGCCUAGUGAGGGGACAUCGGGAAAAAUAUAGAUCCUCCAAAAUUAAAAAAAAGCAGCAAAGCAUGGGCUGCGGUGCCGCCAGACGCGACUUCCCAGAUGUGCUUCUGUGCGUAAAAGGCACAUUUGUUUUACGCAGAUUGUUGUUUUUUUUUGCUGAAGUGUGACACCGAGCUGUGCGUGGGUUGUUGUUUUUUCCUGCAGGGGUUGGUUGUGUAUCUUAAGGAAGUUUUUUAGCUGUUGGUUUGAUCAGGGAGAUUUGAUGAAUUAAAGUUAGGAAGCAAAGUGAAAGGAGGACCAGGCCUGCUCCACCACCACCACCACCACCACCACCUCCCAGUGAGCACACGGUUACCCAACAGCUGCGUGCAUGUUCAUGUCGGAGCACUAGGCCUCCUCCAUGAGAACAGCGCACAUUUCUGCAGAGCACUUCAUCCACGUUUUGCAGGAGCGAGUCCCCGGAGGCCGUGGAUCCAUCGCUGGGCCCCAGUCGCACCAUGCACAGGAUCGCAAUCAGGAACUGACUUUAUAAUCUCCCAUCGCCGUGGCGCAAAAUGGAUGCUGCUUGGAGCAAUUUCCUCUUCCAGCAUACUCCCACCCAAAACCAAGUGGAGGGGAGUCUCCAAUCAGAGCUCAUGUCUGUGCAUACGAGUUCUCCCCAAACCCCACCCACCGAGCACAUAGCACAGCCUCCUUCUACUGUGGACACUGCUGCCCUCAAUGAGGAUCCCCUGCCCGUGAAGCCAGUGUCUCGGCCGACCCGCGUGCCCCACAUCUGUGCCAUCUGCAACAAGCAGUUCAAGAACAACUACAACCUGCGGCGGCACCAGUCGGUCCACACUGGGGUACGCAUGAAGGACAGGGCCAGAGCGCAGGCGGAGGGGGCAAAGGAGGGAGCAGCCUGCCAGGUGGCGGUGGCGGCCCCGUCGGCGAUGGCGGUGGGGGCCGGAGGGAGGACGGAGAGGCCCACUGUUCCCCUCUCCCUGCUCCACCUCUCCGCGCCACUCCCUCUCGCCCCUCCCGGCGUGCUGGUGGGUGCACAGCAGCCUCCCCUGGGUAGUCAGGAUGGUGAAGGGGUUGCCAUGCCAAACCUAAUGGCUAGUGUUAACCCCCAUGCUCCGCCUCCUGCUGCUGUCGUCAUGGCCACAGGGGCGACAGUACAGCGGCCCUCGAAUCCCAACCCCAACCCGGUGAGGAAGAACCACGCCUGCGAGACGUGCGGGAAGGCCUUCCGCGACGUCUACCACCUCAACCGCCACCGCCUGUCGCACUCGGACGAGAAGCCGUUCCACUGUCCCAUCUGCCAGCAGCGCUUCAAGAGGAAGGACCGCAUGAGCCACCACGUGCGCUCCCACCAGGGUGGAGUGGAAAAACCCUACGUCUGCCCCCACUGUGGCAAGGCUUUCUCCAGGCCGGACCACCUGAACAGUCACGUCCGACAGGUGCACUCCUCAGAGCGACCUUUCAAAUGCCCGACCUGUGAGUCCAGCUUUGCCACGAAGGAUCGAUUGCGUGCUCAUAUGAUUCGCCACGAGGAGAAGGUCCCCUGCCACAUCUGUGGGAAGCUCCUGUCUGCUGCUUACAUCACGGAUCACAUGAGGGUGCACAACCAGUCGCAGCACCACGCCUGCCACCUGUGUAACCGCAGCUUCACCACGCUGACGUACCUCCGUGUCCAUGCCCAGAAGCACCACGGCCAGGAGUGGAAAGACAGUCCGGGGGGCUUUGGCGGCACAGCCUCCGGCGGCGUACUCGUCUGCCACUUGUGUGGCAUCCACUGCAAGACGCCCACACAGCUCCAGGGGCACAUGGGCACCCAUGGCAACAACCACGGUGCCCCGAGCCCCGUCAACUCUAACGUGGCUGCCGGCAGCUCCAUCUCCCUUAGCAACAUGGGGACAGCACCCACUGUGUAUGUCACCGGCAACACGGUGGUGGACCUGCUCGUCACAGACUGCUCUAGCAUUGCAGCACCGCAGCAGCACAGUUAGCAAUAGAGAGGCCAGCAAUAAUAACCUCAGUCCCUUAGCGGAGGGCAAGGUUAGAGAAGGUCGGAGUUACUCGUAGAUGCUGAUCCGGUUUCAGUUCUGUCAUGUCCCCCACUUCUAGGUAAGGUCAGGAUCGAGGGUGGGGGAGAUUAACACAGCGCUGCGGAGCUGGAGCGUCGGAGAACCGGAGGCAGAGGAUAUGUUAUAUUAAUAGAGCGAUGAAGUCAUGGAAAAAGGGACCGUUGUGGCUGCAGCAGGUUCACAGACACUUAACGACAAACAUGGAUGUGUCGUCCAAAUAUUCCUGAAUGCUCUCGUGCAUUAAAGACUCCAAUGAAACUGU